AUGAUUCAUCUACUAAGCGAAAGCCGGUCAUCUAGGUCGCCCGGGACGGAAGGAACGCCACAAACUGCACAGUCACGGGCUUCACAGCCACAGGGCACACAGUUAACCCAACCGCCACAACCGCCACAACCUACACAGCGUGCACCAUCGCCAGCUGACGCGGGCUCUGGUUCCGCUGCCGCAGGCCGCCGCACGCGCGCCAACAAGGCCUGCACCAACUGCGCCCGCAUCAAGUGCAAGUGCAUCCCACGCGCCGGGCUCGGCGUCGACGGCUAUGGGUGCGAGCGCUGCCACCGCCUCGGCAAGACGUGCGAGCCGUCCUUGACGGUGGUGCCGUCACCCAGGCGGGCACGGCCGGCGGCGCGGUCGGCCACCACUGCCCGCGUCAAGCCGUCCAACUCGCGGUCGGCGCGGCUCGAGGCCAAGCUGAACGAUUUGGUGGAUCUGCUGCGGACGUCGCAGGCCAUAUCCGAGCCGGCUGUCGCUGCGGCGUUGGCAACAGACGGCGGUGCGCGUCCGAACCACGCCGCCGGCCCCUCGGAAGAUGACGCCGACGGAGACAUCGACACGUCGCCGCGGUCGAACCUCACCGGCGCUGCGUCUGGUGCCGCCUCGACAGCGCCCACAACGGCACCGGAUCCCGAUCCGGGCUCUGAAGCCGAUGACGCCCUCGACAACCCCGACCACGACGCGCCGCCCGAAACGGACGACGACGACGACCUGCUGCCCCACGAGGCCGAGGCGUGCCUGCGCCGCUUCACCGAGGAAAUGCUACCCCUCGCGCCCUUUCUAUACCUCCCGCCCGACGUCACGGCCAGCCGCGUGCGACGCAUGUACCCCUUUCUGUGGCGCUGCAUCAAGGCCGCCGCCAGCGUCCACCCGGGCCACCGCGUCCGCGCCGCCUCCCAGGCGCGCACGGCCAUCGUGCAGCGCGUCGUGUCGCGGGGCGAGCGCAGCAUGGACAUCUUGCUGGGCAUGCUGACGUUUGUCUCGUGGGUCCAUCUGUCCACCAGGGACCGGUUCCACCGCAACUUUGCCACGGUGGUGGCCCAGCUGUCGGUCUGCGUCGCCUGGGACCUGGGGCUCACCAUGCCGCCGCUGCUGGAGCCGGCCGCCACGGCCGGCGAGCGCUUCGUGCCCGUCGUGCAGAUCCCCGGCCUCCCCGCCUCCAUGUGGAAGGCCCAGCGCAGCAUGGAGGAGCGCCGCGCCGUCCUGGGCGUCUACCUCGUCACGGCCACCGCGUCCCAGAUGUUCCGGUCCGCCGACGGCAUGCGCUGGUCGCCCUACCUCGACCAGUGCCUCGCCCAGCUGGCCCAGGAGUCGACCGUGCCGCAGGACGCCAUACUCGUGCAGCACGUUAAGAUGCAGCUGCUCAUCAGCCAGGUGCGCUACGCAUCGAGCAACGGUGCCAGCGGCGGCCGUGAUGGCUUUGGUGGUGGUGGUGCCGGUGGCGGUGAUGGCGGCGGGGGCCAUGUCGGCGCCGGGGCCGGGGCCAGCCUGUACCGGUCGUUUGGCAGUGGGCCGACGAGCCUGCCGGGACCCUACAUGGACGCGCUGCGGGCCCAGCUCGACGACAUUGUCGGGCUGCCCAGCGUCGACGGCACCUGCCCGGCCUUUGACAACUUCAGCACGCACAGCCUGUAUCACUUUGCCAUGCUGGCCAUCCACGAGUCGGCGCUGGCACGGCUGCCCGCUAGAACGUCGACGGCCACCUCCGGCUCCGGCUCCUCCGCCCUGGGGAGCGGCACGUGGGUCCUGCCCGACCUCCACCGCUUCGAAAUCUACCAGCGAUGCCUCGCCUCCGUCCAGGCCUGGCUCGCCCGCUUGUUUGCCUGGCCGCUGCCCUGCUUUGUCUGCCUGCCCAACUGCACCUACCUGCAGCUGUUUUAUGUGAUUGUCUGCCUGCACAAGCUGAGCACGCUGCGCGACCCGGCGUGGAACGUCGAGGCCGUGCGCGGCGUGGUCGAUCUGUUUCCGACCCUGGAUCGCAUUCUGGGCCUGUGCGACGAGCUGCGCGCCAUGCUGGCCGAGUCGUUGUCCGCACCGGGUCACGCCAAUGGAGCUGCUGCCAAAAAGAAGAAGAGCAACGGCAACUCUUCGGCCUCCUCCACCACCUCCUCCAACUCGCCGAACCUCAUCGAAGACGAAGAUCACGACCCCAUCCUCGUCGCCAUCCGCAAGUUUUCGACGCUCAAAGUCAUCUGGCAAAACGAGAUGCUCGCGCAGGAACGCGAGCGCGAAGACGAAGUGGCGGCGGCGGCCGUGGCCGGCACACAGGCCACAUCGUUUGCCAUGAUGAACGGACAGCCGCCCGGCGAGCCCAUCCCGCCGCCCCUCCCCACGCCGUUCGACGCCCCGCCGCCCAUCGACCUCUUCUCCAACUACUCGCUCGACGUCAUCAGCUACUUUCACGCCAUGCCCGAGGCCAUGUACGACGUGACGUGGCCGUAG